AAUCAACUCCAGAUUUCAGUGAGGAUUAGGGUUUUACAGGAACACACACACAUAGAGAGAGAGAGAGAGAGAGAGGGGGAUAAAAUAGAAAUACGAAGUGUAGAAGAAGGUGCAAUUUAGUGGGUAUUAAGAGUAAAUUAAGAGAAUGGGAGAAAAAAUGAGGAUAUAUAUAGGGGGGUUGGGAUCGAGUGUGCAGGACGAUGAUUUGAGGAAGACUUUCACAUCACCUCAGUUGGGCACUGUCGAAUCCGUUGAAAUUAUUCGCACCAAAGAUCGGAGCUUUGGCUAUUUGGAGUUUGUUCCCGUCUCCGACAAAGGCCUCGCUAAGCUUUUCAGCACGUACAAUGGUUGCCUUUGGAAAGGGGGAAAACUAAGGCUCGAGAAAGCCAAAGAACAUUAUUUAUUUCGCUUAAACCGCGAAUGGGCAGAAGAGGCCGAGACUGAAAUCAAAUUGUCCACCCAGAAUGUUGAUGCGGUUGACAGUGUGCCGGUCUUGCAGAAACCGAAAAAAGACCUAGAUAUUGACAAAUCACAGCUCAAUUUAUUUUUUCCCAGAUUGAGGAGGAUAAAACCUAUACCUCUCAAAGGAACUGGAAAACACAAGUACAGUUUCCAACGUGUCGAAAUUCCUCCCCUUCCCAUCCACUUUUGCGACUGUGAAGAGCAUUCUGUACCUCCUGAGUCGGCCAAAAUAAAUCCUACCGUUACCGUUUCCCACGAGACGGAGGUUUUUGGGGUGAAUGAAAACGAGCUUAACAUGAUGAAAUCGAUAUUGGACAAGCUAUUAGAUAGGAAUAGCUCGAAGACAGUUAAGACUGUCUCUAAUCAAGCUAAAGUUACCGAGGAAGCAAAUUGUGACGCUGCUUAUAAUGGGCAAGCUGAUGAUAUUGAGGAAGAUGAAGUGAGCGAUGAAGAUGAAGCAAGUGAUGAAGAUAACCUUGUGAUUAACAUAGUGGGAAAGUCGAGUAAGAGAGUUGAUUCAUUGGAGGACUGGGGACAGAAAAUGACUGCUGUUAAUCAGGACUCUUUUCUGAGAGAGCCAGCGUCUUUCAGUAAACCCAUUCCUGAAGUGCACGGAAAUGAAAAAACGAACCUUCUUCCUAACAAGAAGAGGAAACAAUCCGUUGAAGAAAAUAAUUCAAACAAUACUGCACCUUCAAACAAAAAGGGAAGGAAGGGGGUCCCACAUGACAGCGAAGAUAUUCCAGUCGCUGUAAAGACUAAGUCAAUCGAUUCGAAAUCAGGUCCGGUAGAGUUAAGUCGCGAUGGGGGAAGCUCGCGGAAGUCACCAUGGAAAGAUCUGGUACGUGACAAGGAUAGUGCUGCUUUCCACAUCUCAGACGUUUUGAUGGACCUUAAUCCUGAAGUUGAAGCCGAGCCAAUUUCUGAUAGCUUCAAUGGAAGUGAUGAAAAGGGUGACGAAUCGAGCAAAGUUAUGGAGGAUGAUGUUCAGUCAACUGAACCAAGUGCUGGCUUCGAUGAAAAUGAUGACAAGAGAGACGAAUCAAGCGAAGUCAAAGAGGAUGAUGUUCAGUCAACUGAACCAAGUGCUGGCUUCGAUGAAAAUGAUGACAAGAGAGAUGAAUCAAGCGAUGUUAAAGAGGAUGGUCAAUCAACUGAACCAAGUGCUGGGUUCGAUGAAAAUGAUGACAAGAGAGACGAAUCAAGUGGAGUUAAAGUGGAUGUUCAAUCAGCUAAACCAAGUGCAGUUGACGAAAAAAUGGCCAGAGGUGCUGCGUGGCGGCAAAAGUCGUCAUGGUUGCAACUGGUUGCAGAUGCAAGUAGCAGUAAGUUCAGCCUUGCGCAAGUUUUACCUGGCGUAACUUUUCAAACACAAGAGACACAACAGCUGGACAACAACGACGACUUUUUUAAUUCGAAAAAUGGAGGAUUUGUCCACGAGGAAGACAUGGGUAAACCUCAAGGAAGUGCUAAUAAAGAUGUUUAUGCUGCUCUUGAGAACCCAAUGGCGAGUGUGUUAACCAAGGAGCAAUCGAAUUCUGAUUCAAAAGAAGCAGUUGUCGAAGAGAAGGGUGAGGAGUCUGCUCCAUUACAUCUUACCAACAAUGUACAAAGUAAUAGGGCUUUGGGAGACACUGUCGUAAGCGAAACUUGCCCCUUUAUGAGGACUGAUGCUUCAUUGAAAAAGUGGAAGAAGCUUAGUGGGUCCCGCAAUAAGAAAGGGAAGGGACAGAAGCUGGCCCGGGAUUAGGGAAUUGGUGGAAAAGGACUGAAUUCGUAAGUCGACAGAUUCGUAAGUCAAUAGAUUUUACCCACAAGUGUGGAAUUCUUCAUCGGCUUUUGGGAGUACUGCAAUAGUUGAAACGGUUUGGUUUAUGCUGUAACAAUGCUGAGAAUGAGAGUCGUCUGGCUUCAUUAAUUAUUUCAUGUAAGAUAUUGUCUGGUUUCGGCCUCGUUAGGGAAUUUUGGUAAGUUGAGAAGAGUGAUAGAUAAGAUUGAUUAAACUUCCUUAAGAAUAUAUUGUCUAUGAUAAUCUCUGUAUUGGACAGUAUCAUUCAUAGGAUUGUGUUGUAAUAUGACUUGAGAUUGAACUAUAUAUUAUUUAUAAUCUUGUGUGAA